GGCGGGGCGAUCGCGGCGUAGUCGCUGGCGAACAGGAAGGAGGAAGGGCCGGGCGGAGGUGAGCCCGGGCGGAGCACCCGGCGACCGCUGCAGCGAACCGCACCAUGUCGCCGCACAACCCGGGCACGGAACUCGACCUCAGCUGGAUCUCCAAAAUACAAGUGAAUCAACCGGCGGUCCUGAGACGCGCUCAACAAAUCCAGGCUCGCAGGACCGUGAAGAAGGAGUGGCAGGCUGCUUGGCUCCUGAAAGCUGUUACCUUUAUAGAUCUUACUACACUUUCGGGCGAUGACACAUAUUCCAACAUUCAAAGGCUCUGUUAUAAAGCCAAGUAUCCAAUCCGGGAGGAUCUCUUGGAAGCUUUAAACAUGCACGAUAAAGGCAUCACUACGGCUGCCGUCUGUGUCUACCCUGCCCGUGUGUGUGAUGCCGUGAAAGCACUGAAGGCUGCCGGCUGUACUAUUCCCGUGGCAUCAGUGGCCACUGGCUUUCCAGCUGGACAGACUCAUUUAAAAACACGAUUAGAAGAGGUCAGAUUGGCUGUGGAAGAUGGAGCUACGGAAAUCGAUGUGGUAAUUAACAGGACCUUGGUGCUGACAGGCCAGUGGGAAGCCCUGUAUGAUGAGAUUCGUCAGUUCCGCAAGGCCUGUGGGAAGGCGCAUCUCAAAACCAUCUUAGCAACAGGAGAACUUGGAUCGCUCACUAAUGUCUAUAAAGCCAGCAUGAUAGCAAUGAUGGCAGGAUCAGAUUUUAUUAAGACUUCUACUGGAAAAGAAACAGUCAAUGCCACCUUCCCGGUAGCUAUAGUAAUGCUACGGGCCAUUAGAGAUUUCUUCUGGAAAACUGGAAAAAAGGUAUGCUUUAAGCCGGCAGGAGGCAUCCGCAGUGCCAAGGACUCCCUGGCCUGGCUCUCCCUCAUAAAGGAGGAGCUGGGAGAUGAGUGGCUGAAGCCAGAACUCUUUCGGAUCGGUGCCAGCGCUCUGCUUUCCGACAUUGAGAGGCAGAUUUAUCAUCACGUGACUGGAAGAUACGCAGCUUAUCAUGAUCUUCCAAUGUGUUAAACCUGAAGUGGAUUCCAGAAAACAUUUUUCACAACGUUUAAAAAUUAUUUCUCUACAUGAUUAUGAAAAUUACUUAAUUAAAAAAUGAGAGACUAGGUAACUGCCUUUUUCCCCUUAAAAUUUCCGUUGAAUUUAAUUCAGAGAAUGAAAGAAAAAUGCCAGCUAA